CUGGGCGUCUCUGUCACACCAGUCCUACUGCCCCUGUGGAACCAGUCAGAUUAACGUCACUCACCAUUGUUCCACUGACUAUCUCCAGAACCAGGCAGACAGUGUCACAGUGUCGGGUCAAAACUUGGCCAUAUUCGAAGGACACAAAGAAAGUGGAGAAGAAGCAUGACUAGGCCAGACGAGAUCGAGGAUGUGGACCCCGGGCCUUCUCGGGGACAGAUGUGCAAGCACGCUCUCAAGGAAAACCUCCUCCUGCUCCUGACCAUCCUGGGAGUGGGGCUGGGGAUCCUCAUGGGGUUCCUCAUGCGCAUGGCCAACCUGUCUGAUGAGAACAUCGACUAUUUCUCCUUCCCGGGGGAGCUGUUCAUCAGGAUGCUGAAGAGCAUGAUCCUGCCGCUCAUCCUCUGCAGUAUCAUCUCUGCCCUGGCCGCUCUGGACGCCAAGACCUCCGGCAGGCUGGGAGGGCGUGCGGUGGCGUACUACGCCGGCACCACUCUGAUCGCCGUUAUCAUAGGCAUCAUCCUAGUGGUGAGCAUCCACCCUGGGAAGGGCGAUCCCAGCAAGAUCGAGAGGGCGGGCAGUUCCCGCAGGGUCAGCGCUGCAGAUUCCUUCCUGGACCUCAUCAGGAAUAUGUUUCCAGACAACAUUGCGCAGGCCUGCUUCCAGUCGUACAACACGCAGAUCGUGGCACAAACCAAGCCAAACCCGGCCUACACCCCUCCCAACAUCACCGCCACGGCCGCCGCCUUCACCACCAUGAUGACUAACGUUACCGCCAUCCCAGAGGAGAUCACGGUGUAUGUGAAGCAAGGAGGCUAUCUGAACCGUUUGAACGUUCUGGGCAUCAUCACCUUCUCCAUCUUCUUCGGGGUGGUGUUGGGCCGUAUGGGCGAGAAGGGCAAGCCUCUGGUCCAGGUCUUCACCAUCUUCAACGACUGUAUCAUGACGCUGGUCUACCUCAUCAUGUGGUACUCUCCCAUCGGCAUCAUGUUCCUCAUCGCAGGUAAGAUCAUGAAGAUGAUCGACCCGCUCAAGCUGGUGGGGCAGCUCGGCAUGUACAUGGUCACGGUCAUCGUCGGACUGGCCAUUCACGGCUUCAUCAUCCUCCCCGGGCUCUACCUGAUCUUCACCCGGAAGAACCCGUUCAAGUACAUCGCUGGGAUAGGCCAGGCCCUGGUCACGGCGUUUGGUACCGCCUCCAGCUCCGCUACUCUACCCGUGACCAUCCGGUGCCUUGAGGACAAGAACGGCGUGGAUCCGCGCGUGGCCCGCCUGGUGCUGCCGGUGGGAGCCACCAUCAACAUGGAUGGCACUGCGCUGUACGAGGCCGUCGCCUCCAUCUUCAUCGCCCAGGUCAACGGCAUCACACUCAACUUCGGACAGAUCGUCGCCAUCAGCGUCACCGCGACUGCUGCCAGCGUGGGGGCUGCCGGGAUACCGUCAGCUGGGCUCAUCACCAUGGUGAUCGUGCUGACGGCUGUGGGGCUGCCGAUCGAGGACAUCACCCUGCUGUUUGCUAUUGACUGGCUCCUGGAUCGCUUCCGGACUGCCACCAAUGUGCUGGGAGACUCCAUCGGCGCGGGGAUCAUCGACCACAACGUGCGCGGCACACUGCCGCCCCUGGAUAAGAAGUACGAGGAGGCCAUGAUGGGGCGUCCUCCUGCUUACGAUGAUGGCGGCAGGCCGGAGAUGGAGGUCACUCCGCUGUAGGCUGUGACGUCAUCUCCAAGCACAUCUUGGGAUGGAAGAUUGUAGCGUUUUUUUUUUUUGACAGUUUCUUAUUCCAUGCAUGUUGGGGUUCUAACAUUCACCGACGAAGAGCCUCGUCCUUUCCGCUCAAACUUAAAGUUUGUGUGUUUGGCCUCCAACCGGCUGUCAACUAAUCAGAGAAUCGGAUUUACCUAUAAAAGAAGACACUUAGGACGUUCUCUGAUUGACUGACAUCUUCUUAGAGACCAUGCCCAUAAUGUAAAGACAUCAGCCCGUUUGUAUUACAUAGUCCGCAAGCGAAGCGCUGUACAUGCGUAGAUGAAUGGGUCAGGGUAGUGGUUGUAAAAAAAACAGCACGAUUUUCUAGCCCAACACCUGUACGGAGAUACACUGUGGCGUUUGUGGGGAGAUUUUUUCAAUGAGAAGAGUCAAUGGAAGAUAGAUUUUAUAAGAGAGAGGAGAGUGGGUCACGAUGUUGACGGACGUUGUAUGAGAGGAUAUAGACAAGAUGUGGGUAGACAGUACACAGGAUGGUCAGGUGUUCCUGACCAUCCUGUUCCAAAACCAAUUUAUUGAGAACAUGUGCAAAGGAGAAGGCCAGUUUGUAACGAUUAAACAAAACAUUUCAUAUAUUUUUAUGUCUUUACUUCAAAACAACAUUACGCACGUGUUAUUAGAUAAUAACCAGAUAUAUAAAACACCCGCACAGACACACACACACGCCACGCGCGCACGUGCUUGCACACACACACACCACACACACACACACACACACACACACACAGACAAACAUGGUUUCGGUGAAAGUUGUAACGUAACAUAAUCGCAUUUUACACAAAAUAUUCAAAUUAUCCUACUUAUAUGUAUUUGGAUUUGUUUUUAAUUUCAAUUUUAUCCCCAAUUUAAUUUGCAACUUCGAUAUCGUUAAAGGUUUUUAGUGGUUAUAAUACAUGAUUGUCGGUGGCAUAUCAUCCUCUCGUACUGUAUUUUUGACGAUAUAACUUACAUCUAAUAUUUUGAUAAUAUAGCUUACAUCUAAUCACAACCCAUAUCGCACAGGGCAAUGUUAUAGAAAAAGAUAUCCGGAGCAAGGUGUACACUUAUGUUAAUUAAUGUUAACAUGCGCACUACGUACUUCAAUGGCGGUGUAUAUGUAUCUUUCAGUACGUUCCAUAACUGCGUUUUACGAUGCUGCCCAAUAAAGCUGAACAAAGUAGCUAGCUGGGAACUUUCUCAAUAUUGAUAGUUUAACCUGUUGAUCUAUGAUUGUCUAUCGGUGUCCUCUUGGUUUAGAAUAAACUCCUCUUGCAUGCAA